AUGUCUGAGCAUUGGAAGUCGACCCCAAAGUAUUGGUGCAAACAUUGCAGCAUCUACGUGAAGGACACUCCCUUCGAGCGAAAGCAGCAUGAGAACACCGGGAAGCACCAGGGCAACCUCAAGCGAUUUUUACAGGGCAUACAUAAAGAUCACCAAAAGAAUGAAAGGGAGAAGGAACGUGCAAAGACAGAAAUCGAACGCUUGAACCGUGUAGUCGGUCUGACCGCAUCGUCCACUACCUCUAACAGCCACGCUCCUCCAAAGCCACCCAAGACCGCCUCUACCACAUUAUCCGCUGCUGACCAGAAAAGGCAAUGGGCUCAGCUUGCGGAUCUAGGCAUCGCUGUUCCUGAUCACGCACGAGCAGAAAAUGCCAUGGCCGGCAGCUGGCAAGUCGUCUCUACUAAGGCUAUCGAAGGCGGUCCCCCUAGCGAAGACAAGGACAAUGUGUCCGUUGGUAUUCGAAAGCGACCGUUUCAGAACGACGCCGAGGAGGAGGAAACUGAAGAUGUUGUCGUCCGCAAAGGUUGGGGUUCGACCACCAAAUCAUAUCCGGGCUCGAAAGGUACAGCUGACGACUUAGGCGCCUUGCUUGCUGCACCUCUUUUUAAGAGUCGGAAAAAAGGACGUCAAGAUUUGCCAGUACUGAACGACACCACUGCGUCUCCUGACUUGACCGCACCUAAAGAUGAAGUCGUGAUCAAGUCUGACCCUUCUGUUGCAGUCCCCGAUCCUCUGACAGACCCAACGGUAAACAGUUUCAAUAGCGCUACAGCAUCUUCGGGACCAUUACCUGCCGGGACCAAAGCCGAGACCGUGCAGAUUGCAGCUGACAAUUCACAGACGCCCGUUUUCAAGAAACGGAAAGCCAAACAGCCACUCAGCACUCGUGAUCCUUCAGAGUGA